GAGAUAAGUUCAUCUCCUGAGGCCACAACUUCUAAGCCGGGCUGACUCACCGACAUCUGCACCCAGGUUUGCUUGAACCUUCGGAUGUGAAGUCAUAUGAGUUUCAGCGCCAGCAGAGUCCAAGUCCCAUCAGAGCAACAUGAUUCUCAGCUCGUGUACGUUCAUCUCUCUUUUGCUGGUUCUUCUCCCAGGAGUCACUUAUUUAUCUGAUGGCAGCUCUGGUCAUGAAGGCAUUAGCACUAGCGCCCCUGGGAACUGCUCCAGUGAGGACAACUGCUCAGAGGGCGUGGUUCUACCUUUGUGGAACCCCCAGAACCCUGCAGUUGGCGACAAAGUGGCACGUGCCAUUGUCUACUUUGCAGCUCUUAUAUAUAUGUUCCUGGGCAUGUCCAUCAUUGCCGAUCGCUUCAUGUCUUCGAUCGAGGUCAUUACCUCUCAAGAAAAAGAGAUCAGCAUCAAAAAGCCAAAUGGUGAAACCACAACAACCACUGUUCGCAUCUGGAAUGAGACUGUGUCCAAUCUGACGCUGAUGGCUCUGGGCUCCUCGGCACCGGAGAUCCUGCUCUCUGUCAUCGAGGUGAUUGGCCAUAAUUUUGAAGCUGGAGCUCUUGGGCCCAGCACCAUUGUGGGCAGUGCUGCAUUUAACAUGUUCAUCAUCAUUGCCAUCUGUGUCUACGUGGUGCCAGAAAACGAGACCCGCAAGAUAAAACACCUAAGGGUCUUCUUCGUCACUGCCGCCUGGAGCGUGUUCGCCUACAUCUGGUUGUACCUCAUCCUGUCAGUGUUCUCCCCCGGAGAGGUGGAGGUUUGGGAGGCAGUCCUUACAUUCCUCUUCUUCCCUCUCUGUGUGCUUCAAGCCUGGAUUGCAGACCGACGCCUGCUCUUCUACAAGUACGUCCGCAGGCGUUAUCGCGCUGACAAGACCCGUGGCAUUAUCAUUGAGUCUGAGGGAGACGCCAUGUUCACUAAAAUGGACUUAGAGAUGGACGGGCAGGGCUCAAACUCCCACACCCACAACAAGGAGGCUCUGGAUGGGAUGUUGGAGGGAGUAGAGGAAGGUGGAGGGACAAGUGCAGAACAAGAUCAGGAAGAGGAAGCCCGUCGAGAGAUGGCACGCACCUUGAAAGAGCUAAAACAGAGGCACCCAGAGAAAGACAUGGAGCAACUGAUUGAAAUGGCCAACUACCAAGUGCUGAUUCAACAACAAAAGAGUCGGGCUUUCUAUCGAAUUCAGGCCACACGCAUGAUGAUCGGAGCUGGUAACAUUCUGAAGAAGCAUGCCGCCGACCAGGCCAGGAAGGUGGUGAGCUGCCAUGAGGCCAGUGGACAGGAGGAAGACCCCCACACAAUCUACCUGCAGUUUGAUCCCUCUCACUAUCAGUGCUUUGAGAAUUGUGGUUCCCUGAAGCUCUCGGUGAGCCGGCAUGGAGGAGAGGCUGGCUGCACUGUGAAGGUGGACUACCGGACAGAGGAUGGGACUGCCACUGCAGGCUCAGACUAUGAGUUUGCUGAGGGCACUUUGGUCUUCAAGCCUGGCGAGACAACAAAAGAGUUUACGGUUGGUGUUAUCGACGAUGACAUCUUUGAAGAGGACGAGCACUUUUAUGUGCGCCUCAGUAAUCCACGUAUUGUGCACCGGGCUGAGGUCUCCAUCCUGGAGCCUAACUCCAUCACCUCCAGCAACAGCACUGUCGGCCUCUCCUCCCACGUCCCGCCAAAGGCCGCCCUGGGCAAUGCUCCUGUUGCUACAGUCACUAUUUACGACGAUGACCAUGCUGGCAUCUUUACGUUCGAGAGCAAGUGCACAAGGGUUAGCGAGAGCAUCGGCAAUAUGCAGGUGAAGGUUCACCGGACAUCCGGUGCAAGGGGGAAGGUGGCCGUGCCCUACCACUCCGUUGAGGGUACCGCCAAAGCUGGGGAGGACUAUGAAGAUGUUUCCGGCAAGCUGGAGUUCCAGAAUGAUGAGACCAUGAAGGUGCUAAAUGUGAAGAUCAUUGAUGACGAAGAGUACGAGAAAAACAAGACGUUCACAAUUGUGUUGGAGGAACCUGUUCUCUUGGAGGUGGGACAGAGACACGGGGACACCAAUGACAACAAGACAGCGGUGGGACCAGAGGACGUGUCAAAGAUGGGCUGCCCCUGUCUGGGAGAGCACACUAAGCUGGAGGUGGUCAUUGAGGAGUCGUAUGAAUUCAAGAGCACAGUGGACAAACUGAUCAAGAAGACCAACCUGGCCCUGGUGGUGGGGAGCAGCAGCUGGAGGGAGCAGUUUGUUAGUGCUGUCACCGUCAGUGCAGGUGAUGACGAUGAGGAGGAAAGCGGAGAAGAACGGCUGCCAUCCUGCUUUGAUUACAUCAUGCACUUCCUGACAGUUUUCUGGAAAGUGCUCUUUGCUUUCGUCCCACCCACUGAAUACUGGAAUGGCUGGGCCUGCUUCUUUGUUUCCAUUUCCCUCAUUGGCGCUCUGACAGCUGUGACUGGCGACUUGGCCUCACAUUUCGGCUGCACCGUUGGCCUGAAGGAUUCGGUGACUGCUGUGGUGUUUGUAGCCCUUGGCACCUCAGUUCCAGACACAUUUGCAAGUAAGGUGGCUGCCAUUCAGGAUCAAUACGCAGACGCCUCCAUUGGGAACGUGACAGGCAGCAACGCGGUGAAUGUGUUCCUGGGCAUCGGAGUGGCGUGGACCAUCGCCGCUAUUUACUGGCAAACCAAAGGCAGGUCGUUCAAGGUGAACCCAGGCUCCCUGGCCUUCUCCGUCACGCUCUUCACCAUCAUGGCGCUGGUGUGCGUGCUGGUGCUGCUCUACCGCCGACGUCCCAGCGUUUCAGGCGGAGAACUCGGGGGCCCACGGACAGCCAAGCUCCUCACCGUCUUCCUGUUCCUCUCCCUCUGGUUCAUCUACAUCCUGUUGGCCUCCUUGGAGGCGUACUGCCACGUGCCUGGCUUCUGAGGCCAAGGAGAAAACACAACCACGACUCGUUUCCUUGUUUUUAUGGUUCUCUCUGUUUUUGUCUAUUUUCACAAAGAUUUAUAACUAUUUGUAUACUCAUUUAUUAUCAAUACAGCACAAAAUGUGUUUAUGAAUGAGGACUUUGCUAUCAAUGCUGUGAAAGUUAACUUUAGACACUGAAGCUGAAAUUCUCUAAACCUUGUUUUCCUAUUUUUAAAUACUGUUUCACACUGAUCAUUUAUAUAAUAAGCACUAGAACGAACUUCAACUGCAUUAGCACUCUCUUACUUGACGAGCCUAGCUUCUAGUAUCACGAUGCUCUGAAAGCACAACUUUCACACAAACUUACGUAACAUUCCCAUAUUUUGAUGGAAGCUAAAGAAUGAAAACGGAAGGUGGUGCAUGGGAUAAUUUUGACAUUAGGAGAGAGACUAUGGCAAUAGGUAAAACAUGUUUGUGUGAUGAUAUUUAGUAACUGACCUAUACAUUAAAUAUUCCUUGUAAAUCAUGUAAAAGAUUAACACUGUGCGUGGGAGUUUUUGU